UCUCACAAACUCACAAACUCUCUCAAACUCACCCACACCAAAAUUCCCAAAACCUUCUCAAUUCUCACCCAAAUCAACUAGUUCUUGUUUCUAAAUCCAAGCUUUCGCCCCUGUAGUCUAUUCUUCACUACCCAUUCACCAUUUCCUUUCAUCCAGAGCAAGGUGAAAAUGGUUAAGAAGACAAAGGGAAGGUUGGAAGCUGAGAGGCAAGAAGCCGAAAGUCAAGAGUUUGCACUAAGAGGAAAAGCUUUAACCAGCGAGCCAACUGGCUCAGGGACGCAGAGGACUGUGCGACAGCAGACGUUGGCUGCAAGGAAAUCGAAAGAACACGAGAAGAGGGCAGGGAAAAGUGUACCAGUUCCCACCCAUGAGGAAGGUGAAACUGAGAGUGAAGAUGAGCCGGCACCUACGAAGAAAGCCAAGAUGUCAAAGGGCAAAGGGGUUGCUGUUGAUCGAGACAGAGCGAAAACUCCAUCUGUGGAGGAGCUAUAUGAUCAUUUGAAGAAUGGAGUCACUUGGGCUCCAACCAGGUUUGCCGACCUCGAUUUGCUGAAGGAGUUGGGUCUAGAGUCUGAUAUUGAGGCGAUGCUGGGACAUUUGAAGAUGCCAAAACUCCUCACCAUGGCUUAUCCUUUCUACAAGGAUGUCACUUGUCAGUUCCUAUCCUCUCUUGUGGUCACUUACCACGACACGGCGCAUGUGAGACAAGGAUGGGGAAAAAUCAGGUUCAAGGUCAAUGGAAGAGAAUACAACAUGAACUUCAAGGACAUUGGGAGGGUCAUGGGGUUCCAAGACCUAGAAGACCACUCACUUCCCAAGUGUGAGAACCUCCCCACAGAGCUCUGGAAGUUGAUCACUGGAAACAAGCACUCUACCGGGGCGGACAAGAACUCACACAUCCGACACCCGUCUGUACGCUACCUCCACAGAUUGCUAGUCCAUGCUUUUUACCCACGGAAGCAAGCUGGUACGGUUACUGAGGAAGACAUGCGACUGCUCUGUCCGGCUAUCCGUCCCUACGCUCAACCUGGAGUGUUACCCCUUCCCAGCACUGACAUCUAUGCUACCUUUGGGAUGGUCAGUUUCUUUGUGGGCCGUCUCGAGCACUACAGAGACUGGGCGUGGUACACCACUGAUUCGCGCCCAAAGAUGGGGAUAGGCGGAAUGAUCACACCACUGCUCCAAUUUCUGAAUGUUCCCUUGGGAAAGGACGCAGCAGGGCCUAGGUUCAUUGAUGGCACCUACUUGAGGAUUGCCACCUAUUUCAGUGGGAUGUAUGGGAAGGACUACGUCUACCACUACUACUUGCAGGGCAAGCCAGUCGAGGUGGUUCUUCCAAACCGGAAACUGACGAGUUUAGAGAUACCUGGAGCUGUCAGCUUCAACAUUCCCCAGGAAUACUUUCUCGGAGAACACGGGCCUCUCGAUCCAAUUCAAGCAGCUCCAUCAAGGAAAAGGAGUGUCCCUACGCAACCUGACUCGCCUGUUGCAGACACAUCUGAGCAUAUCUAUGGACCUCCGCGCUACUACUUCAAGCCCCAUGACGGAGUCCUUCCCCCUGGAGCUCUCCGUGAUGCUCAUGACCACAUUGGUCGUCUCCAGAGGUGGAACAAAGCUCAGGACAGAACGAUAGAAAAGCUGAAGGAUAAGUGCAAGGCGCUCAGCAAGACUGUGAAGAAGCAGGCAAAGACUUCAGCCAAGUUCAUGAAGAAAGUAGCUGAUGUCUUAACUAGGGGAGGAAUAGCUGGAUGUAGCUCAGCCGAUUUCGCUUUCGCGAACACCUCAAACCCCCAGCCUCCACCCCCGCCUGAUGCUCUUGGCUUCCCCCUCACUGCUGCGCAGCUUCAGCGUAAGUGGAGGAACCCACCCACUCAACCUUCCACUUCCGGCAACAAAUCCCCAUCCCUCGCUUCUUCAGACAGUAAGGACGAGAUUGACGAGGUUGAGAGCCAACCAUGGUAUGGAGGCUCCGGUUCAGCAUCCGGUGGUUACUACACCACCUUCCCUCCUGACGACGACGAUGCUGGGGCAUCUGCCCCCACCUACUAUCCAUAGGAGGUACUUCUUUCUCUCCUUGUAUAUACCAUUUCAUUUUUGCAUAUUAGUUUUCUUCUCGGUAUCUCUCUCCUUCCUUGACCACACAGAGACUGUGUAUCUCAAGUUUGGGGGAGGUACCAAGCAUUUGAUAAUGUUUGCUUUGAUUGUGUUUCAUUUGAGUCAUGCAUUGCACACCUAUUUGCAAAAAAAAAAAAAAAAAAAAAAAAAAAAGAUUUUUCAUUUAUUUUGCAUCAUUUGCACCAUUAGGAGAGUCUAGAGCAUAUAGGUUGCAUUCACUUGCAUUGGGAGCAAUGAUUUUAAAUGCCUUGUAAAGAACACUACGUUGCACUGAGUAGCCAUGCACCUCUCGAAAAGACUUGUAUGUUUCGAGCCUUGAAAACUCUUCUUGAAACUUGUUGAUUGUAGAAACUCAGUCUUUGAAGCCAGCUACAACCUUAUUUGAACUGAAUGAACUUAAUGCUUCUUGCUUGGGGUCUCUUGUGUACUGAGUCAUGGCUAUACACACUUGAGUUGUCACAUCUUUUAUGCCAUUCUUUUUGACAAACUCUAGUGGUAGACCACUCCCAAAACCUUUCCUUCCUUUUAAGCUUUCAUUGUUUGAUGAGUGAGGCCUUCUUCGGAAAGUUUUACAUGUGCAUAAUGUUGAGAGUAUCGGGAACGACAAUGCUUGAUCUUCAUUUUUGCUGGAUUGGACACUCUAUUGUCUAGCUAUAGGUGGGAGGGUGAGCGUUGUAAUCAUGAUUUGGGAGAAAUAAAAAGGAUAGAUUCUUGUGCUCAAGUGAAUUGAUUUAUUGGGAUAAGUAGAGAACCUCCAGCUCUAGUUUUGAAAAGUCUUGGCCCCCAACCUAAAAAAAAAAAAAAAAAAAAAAAAAAAAAG